UGUCGUUGGUGACGUCCCAAAUAAGCUGCCUGGUCAUCUGACCAGUCUAGGUAGGCUCCCUUAAAAAUAUCUAGCCGCUGCAAUGAAAUCCAUUUGGGCAACCAUGAACUUCACUUUAGCGCGUUUAGUGUUCAACCCUGGAGUCUUUUUCAGAACAGCAAUUAUCGGGAGAAAUUAUAACAGCUAUGCAAGGAAGUUUUCUACUUUUGCAUUAAACCCCCAUUGUGAAAUGUCAGGUGAAGAGGUGUUGGUGGUUGUUGGUGGAGGAGCUGCUGGAAUUUUUGGAGCCAUUAGAGCCAAGACCGUUGCACCUAAGCUUAAUGUUGUUGUUAUAGAGAAGGGAAAACCUCUAUCGAAGUGGUGGUGGUGGUGGCAGGUGAAAAUUUCUGGAGGAGGUAGGUGCAAUGUGACAAAUGGUCAUUGUGCUGAUAACAAGAUUUUGGCAGGGCACUAUCCUAGAGGUCAUAAAGAAUUUAGAGGAUCUUUCUUUAAUGUGCACGGCCCAUUGGACACCAUGUCCUGGUUUUCUGAUCAUGGGGUGGAACUGAAGACUGAGAAAGAUGGAAGGGUGUUUCCUGUCAGUGACAGUUCCUCUUCAAUAGUCAAUUGUCUUUUGUCUGAAGCAAAGUUUAGGGGAGUUUCUCUGCAGACUGGAAAAUUUGUGACAAGUGCAUCUGCUAAUGCUGGUGGAAAGAUCCUUCUCAAGGUUGAGAAGCGUACAAUCAACUUGGUUGAAUCUAUUGAGGCUGAUUAUCUAUUAAUUGCUAGUGGAAGCAGUAAGCAGGGUUACGGUCUUGCAGCUCAACUAGGUCAUUCAAUUAUAGAUCCUGUACCUAGCUUAUUUACAUUCAAGAUUGGAGAUUCACAAUUAACAGAAUUGUCAGGGGUCACAUUCCAAAAGGUCAUAGCAAAACUUAAAUUAGUAAAUGUGCAAAAGAAUAGUCCACAUCUUACACAGGUUGGGCCCAUGUUAGUCACUCAUUGGGGACUUAGUGGGCCGGUAAUUCUCCGGCUAUCUGCUUGGGGUGCUCGUGAUCUGUUCUGUUCAGGUUACAAAGGGAUACUUACAGUGGAUUUUGUGUCUGAUUUACAUAUAGAAUCUAUGGAGUCUAUUCUCAGUAAUCACAGGAAUCAGUUUGUGAAGCAAAAAGUGAUCAAUUCAUGUCCUUCAGAAUUUGGCCUCGUGAAAAGAUUCUGGAAAUAUAUAUUGGACCGUGAGGGUUUAUGUGGUGAUACCUUGUGGGCUUCCAUUUCCAACAACUCUUUAAUUUCCAUUACUCAUCUUCUAAAACAUUGUACAUUUGAAGUGACUGGGAAGGGCCAAUUCAGAGAAGAAUUUGUCACUGCCGGUGGUGUUCCUUUGUCCGAGGUCUCUUUGAACACGAUGGAAAGCAAAAUACAUUCACGUUUAUUCUUUGCUGGAGAGGUACUCAACGUUGAUGGGGUGACCGGUGGUUUCAAUUUCCAGAAUGCUUGGUCUGGUGGAUACAUUGCAGGAACAAGUAUAGGUAAACUAGCCACAAAUGCCUCUCUGAAUGAUAGAUGAUAGAUUCAACCAGAGUAAUAUUCAAUCUCAAAACCUCAUGUAGAAUACUAAAUUUAUAUUUUUUAAAUGAAAAAAUCAUCUGGUUUCUCUUCCAUCUUACUGAGGGUAACUUUAUCCUCUCACAUAGUCUGUGGAUGAAAAUCAGUCAAUCCUACCGUGUUUUAAGGGCUGGCGGAGGAUGUAACAUUACCCUAUCAUACAUGAUGCUGCUGCAAGAUUUUGAUUGUAUUAUUGAUGAAUCAAUCAACAUUACAUUUGUUGUUUGUUAGCCUUUUGCCACCUUAUAGAGGAAAUGUUGUUUUGAUAAAGAAAUGAAAAUGAGACAUGAUAUUGAUGUCCAAAA